ACCUGUUGGACAGCAGACACUUUGCAGAGGGACACUGCAAGGAGAAAUGGAGCUGAAAGGAGCAAUAGCGUACACCUCAGUGCUGCUUCUUCUGCAUGGCUGUGGUCUCUACUCAGCCAUGUUAUGUCCAAAUGGUCAGUUUGCACUUAAUGCUCAGUGUGUGAACUGCCAUUCUAGCUGUGAGGAAUGCAGUGGGCAGGAGCUAUAUGAAUGCACCCAGUGUGGCAUAGAUGAAGAUGGAAUUGAACGCUUUCUUCAUCGCAGUCGCUGUAAAGUACACUGUCCUCGCGGCUUUUAUCCAGAGCGUGACACCUACAGCUGUGAGUCAUGUCCACUGAACUGUGACAUUUGCACUAAUGCUAAUAGUUGUCAGAAAUGCAAGAGCAACUACGAGCUUCAGAAUGGCGAGUGCUUCUUAAUCCAGUGUUUGCCAGGACAGAUGGAAGAUCCUGAGACUGGAGAAUGUGUUGACUGUGAGACUGGAUGUAAAACUUGUGAAGUAGAUGAUCCAGAAAUCUGCCUCAGCUGUUUUCAAGGUCAUUUUCUGUACCAUCUACAAUGCCGAAAACACUGCCCCCCGAAAACAUAUGAGGACAAUGGCAGGAAAAUGUGUCUUGCUUGUCCAUCAGGGUGCACUGAAUGCCUCAAUGAAACACGUUGCUCUUCCUGCCAAAGUGGAUAUUAUUUGCAUGAUGCUAAAUGUGCUCUUAAAUGCCCAGAUGGCAUGUUUCAAGAUACUAUGAAGUGGCAAUGUGACACCUGUCACAAAUCUUGCCUGACCUGCCAUGGGCCCUCUCCCCGAGACUGUGACUCUUGCCCAGAUGGGAAGGAACCAACCUUUGGAAUGUGUAAUCUUGUGACUUGCAUGGAUGAACAAUAUUUUAAUGUGGCAGAUGGCAAUUGCUAUGCCUGUGACCCAUCUUGUCACAGUUGCUUUGGCCCACAAGCGCAAGAUUGCUUCUCCUGUUAUGCUGGUUAUUAUCUGGAUGUGGAAAAUCAAUGUGUGCCAAGCUGUCCACAGGGAUUCUUUGGUGAUCCAUUCACUCAAACAUGUGAAAAGUGUUCAGUGACCUGUGAAAGUUGUGCAGGUAGCAGUGAAAACUGCCUGAAAUGUAAUACAAAAGAGCAAAACCUGUUCCUUCAUGAAGGACGCUGCCUGUCCGACUGUCCAGACGGUUACUUUGAAAACAUUGAAGGCUCAUGUGAAACAUGUGAGGGUUCCUGUUGGACCUGUGAGGGAACUAGAGCAAAUUGCUUGUCCUGUGUGGAUGGCCUAUAUCUGGAGAACAAUAAGUGCCUUCCGAACUGCUCUUUGAGGUAUUAUCCAGAUGAGGAGGGCAUAUGCAAGCACUGUCCAGCCCACUGCACUGUGUGCGCAGAUGAACGAACAUGUCUUGAAUGCAGCUACUUAUAUCUGCUCUUCAAUGGAACCUGCAAGGCUACCUGCCCUAAUGGCUACUAUGAGGAUCUUGAUGUUGGAAGAUGUGCUUCCUGUCACAGCAGUUGUGAGACAUGCUCAGGGACAUCAGACGGUGACUGUGAGACCUGUCCUUUUGCUAGCCCAAAGCUGUAUCAGGGGAGGUGUCUGACAAGCUGUCCUCCUGGAACCUUUUAUAACGAUGCACUCAGUGAGUGCCAAGAGUGUCACGGAACAUGUGCCAAAUGUUCUGGCCCACAGCCAACAGACUGUACACAAUGUCAAAGUCAACUAACACUGGACCAGGAAAGUGAAAUGUGUGGAGUACAAGGGGAUGCAAAAUGUCCUCCAAAGACCUUCUUAGAAGAUGACUUAUUCACAUGUAGUUCUUGUGAUCAGACAUGUAAAUCAUGUGACGGCCCCUCUGCAGAAAACUGCCUAACCUGCUCGGUACCUUUCUACCUUUAUAAAAACACAUGUGUGAAGCAAUGUCCCACUGGGACAUACAAUACAAGUGAAGAAGCAGAUGGGGUGACACUUGGGUUCUGUUCAGUUUGCCACCACGUAUGCACAACAUGUCAUGGAGGAUCAGCCAAGGACUGUGAUAUUUGUGCUUUUGGAUACUACAAGCUUCUUCACCUAUGUAUUCUGCAUUGCCCUCCUGGAUAUUAUAAAAGAAAUAACCAGUGUGAUAAAUGUGACCCUCACUGUCAGCUCUGUUCUGGUCCUGGAUUGGAUGCUUGUCUAGAAUGUCCUUCAGGCACUUUCCAGGUGGAGGGUACCACCCAUUGUGUUAGUGAGUGCCCAGAGAGAUUUUAUCUGCAUGGGAACAAGUGUAGGAAGUGCCAUCCAAGCUGUAGAACCUGCAAUGACUCUUCCGUGCAAGGAUGCAAGACUUGUGACAGAGGCAGCAGCUUUAAAGAAGGAAUCUGCUACCCACAGUGUGAGGAGCAUCGCUACCAAGAUGAUGAUGGUGUGUGUCAGCCAUGUGAUUCUUCCUGUAGACAUUGCUCUGGUCCUGGAUCUGAUCACUGUAUAUCUUGUGAAAGUAAUACUGCAUGGUCUCCUGAAGAAAUGAGAUGUAUUAACUGUUGUGAUUCACAGACUGAUCAAAAUGACUGCUGUUUUUGUGACCUAAAUUCAGUACUGUGCAUAAAGCAUCUACAGUUUGAAGCUGAGCAAGUUGCUCUGAAGAACUUAAAGUUUCCAGCCAGCUCCAAAGUUUCAAAUUUUUCCUUUGCAGCCCCUGUUUUGGUCUCAUUACUAUUGAUAAGCACCAUUGCUCUCAUAAGCAUGUGGCAGGCCAAAUCCAAGAAGAUGCUUUGCUGGAAGCAGAGCUAUGAAAGACUAGAAUGUAGUCCUCAAGCUGUGUCACGCGAAGAAGAAGACCGUAAACAUGGAUAUGAUGCCGAAGAGGAAAGUUUAGAUGAAUGUGAUGUAGUAUAUAGUACAAAAGAUGGGACUGUGUAUAAGAAGCUUCCUUUCAAGCUACACAGAGCUGAAAAUGAUCUACUGAAUGAGCUGGAUUGUAUAAACAAUGUAUAGUAGAUACUGUUAGUAUGAUUCUAGGACGAUUUCCAUCAGUGGACAUCUUUUAUAGCAAGCACAGUACAAAUUUAGUGUCUGGUUGAAAUCUCUGGACAUGUCACACAUCAGUUUUUUUGUCACCAUUGCAUGUAUUAUUAGGCCUGCAAAUUACUUUUUCUGAGAAAAUCUGGAAGAUAUGGGAUGUGCCAAGAAGACUACUUUUUUAAAUCACUGUUAAUCCCAAAAAGGGCAGAUUAAGGAUGGCAAAGGGGGCUGUUGAUCAGUGGUCUUUCUUCCUAGUUUUCUUCACUGCUUCCCAGACACUCCACGCAGCAACACAAGUGAUUUUGAAGACAGUGUUACUUGUACUAUAUGUCACACAGGAGGUGAUAACACAAUGUUCACUACAGGUCAGCGCUCCAUUCUUCAUUUCAUGUGUACAACACGGCUUUAAAAGAAAACUAUUGCAACACAAUACAAUGUAACGAUGUUUCACAUUGAAAAACAUUGCUGUUACAUUACUUGCCAUAAGAUGGCAGCAUGUUAGCAUAACCUGGAGCUAUAUGCUGGCAACAUUUACUAUAUUUAUGGUUCAUGCAAAUGAACGUUAUUUGGUUCUGAGUCUGAG